UUGCGUGUGAUUUUAUCCAUGUGAAAGAAAGUCAUGCCCGAUGAAAGGUACUACUGAUGAAGGGAGAUUUGACAUAUUCCAGUAACGAUAUGUUAUAAACCAUUAGCGUAACCAUGAAUUUUAAAGAGAUUAUCUUCGUCAUUAGUUUAUUUUCGUUGGCUCUAUGUGAAAAAGAAUCCACGGAAUAUAAACUAAGGGAAACAAAAUAUGGCAAAAUAAAAGGAUAUAUAAACAAUAUUAAAGAUGUGGGAAAAGUAGAGAGAUAUUUAGGAGUGCCUUAUGCCAGACCACCAAUUGACCAAUAUCGAUUUGAGGAUGCAGAAGAUCCAUUACCAUGGAGAGAAGACAUUUUAUCAACUAUUACAUUACCGGCCGCUUGUCCACAAACUGGAAUGGACUGGAGAUACAUCCAUAGACAUCAACCGAAUUUUACAUAUGAAUCAGAGGAUUGCCUCUACCUUAAUAUAUAUGUACCAAUCAACAAGUCGCAAUCACUGCUGGAAGUUCUGAUACACAUUCACGGUGGUUCUAAUGAAGUUGGAAUGGGUGGAAUGUUUCAUGGAGAUGUUUUGGCUAUAAAAGGAGAAAUUAUAGUUAUAACGUUUAAUUACCGACUUGGUGCUCUAGGGUUUUUGACUGGAAGUUCCAGUCAGUUCAGAGGAAACUAUGGAAUGACAGAUCAAAUUAAAGCUUUUCUUUGGGUUCAAGAAAACAUUCAUUAUUUUGGUGGAGAUAGAAAUAAGGUCACCAUAACUGGUCAUAGUGCUGGAGGUUGUGAUGUUGGUUUACAUAUUUUAUCUCCACUUAGUAAAGGUCUAUUUCGGUACGCUGUAAUGGAAAGUGGAUCGCCGUUGUCUUUCUGGUGCGUAUCUAAAAAUGAAAAUGGUUUGAAGCAAGUGAUAGAUGAAUUCGCGAAGGCUAAUGAUUGUUAUUAUGAAGAGAAUAUGCAGCAACUUAAAAAAUGCUUAAGAAAAAUAGAAUACACAGAUUUAACACAGCAUAAAUUUAAGGUUAGGUUAGAUAGAUAUGUUAACCCUGAACAAAACAUCUGA